UGUGGGAGGAACAGAAUCGACUGGCGGACGCCAUGUGCGCUUAGGCGGCGGGACAUACAGGUAGAAAGGGAACAAAAUCGCACUGGGGGAAAGAUCAGGACAGCAGAUCUGACAUAGAAUACCUGGGACAUCGCCGGCAUGAUCCGCAGCACACAGUGCAUCCGGGCUGCGAUGUGGUUUGCGGCGAAGGCGCCCAGGCAGGACCUCUGGGUAUCAGGGUUCUGUGCUGCUCGGUGUCUGAGGACGAGUCCAGCCUGCUCCUCCGAUGCCCUCGCCACGCCGCCGCUGGAUGGGGCCCCCAAGCAGUACUCCCCGAAAAUCCAAAGGCUAGUCAAUGAGAUCGCUGGUCUCACGUUACUGGAAGUGUCUGACCUAAACGAGCUCCUCAAGAAAACGCUUAAUAUCCAGGAUGUUGGUGUCCUGCCCACAGGGGCAAUGGCCGGCGCGGUCGCACCUGCUGCUCAGUCAGUGGAGGAAGAGGUAGUACCAGUGAAGGAGAAGAGCCUUUUCAUUGUGAAACUAACAGAGCUGAAGGCCGCCGAAAAGGUCAAGCUCAUCAAGGAGGUGAAGAACUGCGUCCAAGGAUUGAACCUCGUACAGGCAAAAAAGCUGGUGGAGUCGUUACCGCAGGAGAUCAGAGCGAACGUCUCCAAGGAAGAGGCAGAGAAGAUGAAAGCAGCUCUGGAAGCAGCAGGGGGCACUGUGGUGUUGGAGUAGACCCCCUGUCCUGGAGCGCUCCGCCCUUUCCCGCUCAUUUCCACCCAUCCCCCCUCCUUACCGGCACUCAAAGAAGCAUUAGGAAGACGACAGCAGUAUUCUCUCAGCGCCACGCGCUCCGCCGCUGCUCGACAGGGAGAGGAGGUGGACUGAAGCCAGACCAUGGAUCUUGGGACAAAGUUUGGCCAACUUGAGAGCUGAUUGGCCAGGUCCAGCUACCCACAUAUGAGAUUUGAUUGGCCAGGGCUCUGUGUCCAAAUGUUUUGUCAGGUAACAAAUAUGCUGGACUCGAAGGUUUUGUCUGGUACUGGAGCUCUCUGGACUUCAGAGUUCCGUUGCCUGUGUUGAAUUAAACGUGAUUUGAUACAGAAAGUGAGAUGUACUCUCUACUUGUGUUAUCGGGCCAGCAUUAAAACAGAAAUGGCACUGAA